UCUAGGGUUAGGGUUAGGUCUCUUCUUUAUUGUUGUUUGUUGGGGUGGUCGCUCAUUAUGGAAGUCCAUCCCUAUCCCUGACUGUUACUAAAAAUUCCUGUAGUGUAGGCUAAAUUUCAGGCUCCCCAUUAAUAUUACCCACAGUAGUCGUGCUUUAUUGCGCAUUAAACCUGCAGAUUACCCCUUUUAAGUUUUGAUGGUGCGUUAGAUUUACUUUUUAUAUUCGUUGCGGGGAUUUGCAUACGUUUUAAAAUGUAGACUAGGUGGUGUACUCCGUCUGGCAAACAUCAUUUUUCCCCUUUCUCUAUCCCGAAGCCGAGUCAAAGAUGUGACAACACACCCGCACACACACGGCAGUCACCUUUUGUUUGUGUGUCUGUGUCAGAAGCAGUCUACCUACUCAGCUGCGCGCAGUUUCCGGUGACACCGGCUUGCUUCAGCAGAGAAACUCCACCUACAUUUUGGUUGCUCGCAUUUGCGAAUGUCGUGCCUUGAGGAGUUUUCCCCUGCCAUAUCAGGAUCUUAUGGACAGUGUAACUUUUUGUGGUGGUUGCUGAAGAGAGGCCAGCGCCAAUUGCAUAGGUAAUGCAGACCACUGUGCACCAUGGAGGAAAAUAAUACGUCUCAGACAGGAUUUCUGCACUCUUGUGUGGUGACAGCAGACGUAAUAGUUGAUGAUUUUCUACAAACAAACCUGAAUGUCGAAGGGAAUGAAGCCAGGUCAAAAGUUUUCAAAGAAAAACUUAGAAAGAUCUUGCUGUGGACAAGUGUGCAUCCCCCUUCUCAAAAUGUUUCCUUCCUUGAGCUCACUGUCAUGGCUAACUACACUAUGCUGUGUACUGCUGCUCGACUCAGGCUGGCACAGAGAUCUCCAGAAACAGGCAGCACUUCCCAGUUGUUUACACUGAUGUGUUCCACUCUCAAUAGAGUCUUGCAGCUGAGUGGACAGAGCGGGCCUGCACCAGGUGCUUCUCGUAUUGUUGCUGUGGAGGAAGAGAUCAUGAGACUUGUCUCUCUUGUUGACAGUCCACUCUGUCAUUUCAAGUUGUUGCCUGUCCUUGGAAGACUUCUGCUGCUGGUCAGUGUUUGGUGUUUAUACAGACAACUGGACUCAUCUGGUUCAGGACUUUCACUUUCAGCGAAAGCUUUAGAUGUUCUCUUAAAGCUGAGGAAAUCGGUGGAUGAGUCUGUUUUAAAGGAACCAGUUUCACAGAAGAGAGGCUUGUAUCUGUGCUGUAGGCCCACCUGUCCCGAUGGAGAGGUUGAUGGUUCGAGCCCGUGUGUCAGGGACGUGGUCGACCUGGUCCUGACUGCGUGUGGUGCCUCUCCUCCAGAUGCUGCUGUGAAUUUUGAUGAAUGGAACUGGCUGUUUUGUGUGUUUGAAUGUGAGAGGCUGAUUAACGAGCAACAACCCAUGCUGGCAAUAGACAAAUUGCAGUCCAGCCUCAGCCUUCCUCUUGACCCAGAGGAGAAGUCUCGGCUUCUGUGUCUCCUGGCAAAAUGCUACCUUUCUCAGGAUUACUCUCAGCUUACCAUUCAGUCGUUCAAAGCUGCUCUGGAAGCAAAUCAUGAAAACCUUACAGUUUUUCUCCAGUUAGCCGGUGUCUAUUCCAGACUCAAGCAUCAUGACCUGGAAAUUGAAUGUCUUCGUAUUCUUGUCAAGAAAGUGACCAAUAGAGAGCUGAAAAGUUGUGAUACCAAACACAUUAUAAAGGAUUUUUCCUGCACUGUGGCAGAGAUAUCUGGGGCUGUGUCUGAUGUUACAUUUGUUCAGGCUGUCCAUCACUUUGGGAAACGUUGCUUCCAACUUCAGAGAUACAAGGAAGCCGCAGAGCAGUACCUGAACUUGCUGAAUCAUCUGCAGGACCCAGACAAGGUAAACAAAGACCCCUGUGAUCGAGAACUUAAUGUGAAAGUGUUCAUUGUUGAAACAGUCGAAGCCGUGGCAAUGGCUCAGAGACAUGAAGAAUGCAUCGCCCUUUGUGAAGAAUUCAUCCCUUGCUUACUAGAUGGUGAGGUAUCCUUCAAAGAUUCACCGAAAGUGGGCAGGCAUUUUGGGCUCUUCUCUCAGUGUCCAACUGAGAUAGUCGGCCGUAAAGAGCAAUCCACUCAAGACUAUUUGUGCAGCAGUCCAUGCUUUCUCGGAGAAUCGAGUCGCAGAGAUGACGUUGUGAAUAAUGUCAGGAUGUCAUCACUAAGCAAAGAUUUUUCUGUUGGGACUGGCAGAGGCAGCAACCCUUUGUUCACACCUGGAUCUCUACGGAAGCUACUGAAAAAUCCUAGAAAGAGGAGAAGAUCUUCCAGUGACAAUGGAGAUUUGUUUGUGAUGGAGACAGACAGUGGUGAAAAGAAGGAGUCCGGCCCAAGUGACUACUUAGCUGUGAGAUUGUUGGUGUGCAAAACCGACUGUCUGGUAGGGUUACAUGGCUAUACAGAGGAUGCCAUGACAUGUUUAUUACGGGCACACAAUUUAUUACUGGAUUCUGCGCCUGGAAAUGUCGUUCAAGACCCACCUCUGCCGGGGCCUAGCUCAAAGAGACAGAAAGCAAGUCUGGAAGAGCACAAUAUGCCAGACCAUGUGAUGGGGUCUGCGACAGGGGAUGGUUCUGUCAGAGACAGCUAUACUCAACUCAUGAUUGAAGUUGCUCUCAGAAUGGGGAAGAUGUCAUUGAAGAGGAAGCUUUUGCCUUCUGUGCUGAGGUCGUGCCAUUUAGUCUUGCAGUUGGAUCCAGGUUGUGUCCCAGCUCAUUACCUGAAAACUUUGGUGCUGAAGGAGAGAAAAGGUCAGGAGAUGGGGGCUGCCACAGACUGGUUGAGACUGCGAGGCAUCGACAUGGACGCUGUGGAGGCAGCUAUCUCACACAAACAGGCCAAGCUUGGACAAGUUGAAUCUGAACUAGAAAAGCAGAAUGUGCCGUGGUGGACAACGAGUGAUGUUCACCUCUUGAGUUUGGACCUGCUUUGUUUACAGAUGCUGCCCUUGCAAGCUUGAUUCCAUGUGCCGUUUCAUCAUUUUGUACAAUGGUAAUUAGUGGGCCCCGAAUAUGCAGUGUUCAGAAUCAUUUUUUUUUUCAUAUUAAAAUGAUGUAGAAAACAUUCAGAAGUGACACAAUUCAGGGCCUUUUCUCACAGAUUUAGGAGAAUGUAGAGAACUUUCAAAAGUGCCCCAACUGAGGAACUUUUCUCUCAAAAUUAAAACAAUGUAGAAAAUAUUUUAACUCUUUCACUCCACACAAUUUUCUUAGUUUGGACGCAAAUAUUUUGAGGGUCACGACAAGAACACAAUGGUGGGUCGAAAAAUCCCCUUUCCCAUCCAUGUUUACAGGAUAAAAUAUAACAUGUCGUAUAACAAUUUGCAGGGAAUUGAAUGGACUAUCAUAUGACAUCAACGGAUAGGCAGUAUGAUGAUUGUAUUCAGAGAUAAAGUGUGUAUAAUGAACUGUGAGAUGAGAAAAGAUGAACUGACAACAACAUUCAUUUUGCACUCACCAAGUCAUAAGUGAUGAAAUGUCCACUUCAUAUAAUCCAAAAGAGGUAAUCCAAUUGUGAAUCACGGGUAAACUCCAUUUUGCCACAGUCAAGACUCAUAUGCAGUUCAGAGAGGUCCCAUGAUGACACUGCAUAGUGAAAACAUCCGACAUUUUUAAUGAAUUUUUUUGCAGAAAAACAUAGACGUUCAUGAAAUAACCACAAAACACACAAUAUCCACUAUACACCAUUACAACUACUCAAGACGAGAAAAAUGAAGGGGAGAGGGGAGGCCAAUCUGGGCCUUUGAUGGUACCUCUCGAAGCAGAUCUUCGCACAGAGGUAAGGCCGACUUUCACAUCCUGUACAAAUAAACGUUCUUUUGCGUUUGCCCUUACUCUGCUCACAUCAAUCCACACAAUCCCUGUCUUUUCCUGUCCACUGGAUCAGGUGUUUGGAGCCCUGAAAACGAUCAACAGGGUUGGUCUCUCUGGGCUUUUUCCUUUUGGGGGUGUGGUUCUCGACCUCUUCUGCAGGCAUCAGUGUCGCUGCCUUGUCUUGAAGCUGCUUCAGGAGCUUCUGCUUGAAAGCUUUCAUGCUCAUCUUUGCUGCCCCCUGUUCUCUCGUAAGAGCAUAGAGAAAAACCCAUUGUUCUGCGCAAUUUCAAAAAUUAAAAAACCCAGCUUUUUCCUCCAUUUGUACGACUUUCGGUCGGUAUUGCUGUAGUACGUGACCCUUUGAUCGACUUUGUCGCAGCCACUCAUGGACAGGCUGGAGUUGUUCACUUCUAUUGGCUUUGUUUUGUUCUUUGCAUUGGUGUGAAAGAAUGUGUCUGCUUUGGUUGACACAACAACACAAGGCUUUUUAAGCCUUUUUGUCCUUCCACACUGUGACGAGCAUGGAUUUGUCAUUCCGCAGGUAUUUUUUUGCCUCCAUGUGCUUCAUCGUUUUGAUGUUUUUCAGCUGAGGUGGGAAAUUUUUCCUGUUCAGAUUCAGAGUAGCAGUGUAGUACAACGACCGGCCUGAAAAGUACCUGACCAGGGCUUCUGUCGUGCAAUACCUAAGACAAGAAAAAAGAAGGAGAAAAUAUUAGUUAUCCCAUAAAGUAGAUUUAUUUAUGGCACGAACAAUAGCGUACAAGAUCACACUGGGCAUCAAAGAAAACAGCACUCAAAUAUGCACAGGCUUACUCAUUCUCACAGUCACACACUCAUCAAUGCAGCAACAACAGAGCUGUAAUAUCAAUUCUAAAAGUGGUGAAAAGAUAACAGACACUGAAUAUGAGUCAAUAUGACAUAGAUCUAAAUCUAGAGGCUGAUAAAUAAUGAAAAAAAAAUCCUUAUUUUUAGAAAGAGCAGUGAACUUUAUCUAGAUUUAGAGAUAGAUCUAGUUGACACAAUCACAAUUAUUUGAUGUUACUACUAGAUCUAGUACAAGUGCGAUAUGGCUACUUACCUGUCAGCAAAAAUAUGAUGACCAGUUCCAACAUCUUCCAGGAGCGUAUCAAAGACUUUGAUGGCCAUUCCAGAGUCGUGAUCCUGUGCAGGGUUGUAGGACGUAUCUCUCCCAAAGUAAGUCAAAAGAUGCGAGACGAAGCCCGUAGUGGAGUCGACCAGUCUAAACGUCUUGAUGUGAUAUUUUUUUGGUUUCGACGGAUUAUAUUGUUUGAACUUCCAUCAUCCAGUAAAGCCCACAACCAUUUCAUCUAUCGACAAAUUUUGGAACGUGUAGAAUGCUUCUCUGAAGGCCUCCAUGACAGCAUCAAUGAGCGGUUCAAUUUUGUGUUUGGAUCAGAGCAGUGAAGCAUGGUGUGGUAAAUGCUUUCGAAUCGUUCUCUUCGAAAUGUGGUGUGAUAGAAUGCGUUGUACAUGAUUUCUUCUGUUGACCAGUAGUCUCGAACUCUAGGUCUAACUUCAAGGCCCAUAGCUAUGAGCACACAGAAAAAUUUCACCCUCUCGUACUCCGACAGUGGCUCCCAUGUUUGGUAAACUGACCGUUUUCUUAUACAAGGCCUCAGUGGCCUACACUUUUCCUCGGCAUUCUCAUUUGUUGACUUGAUAAGAUCAUUAACAAUGUUCUGCGUGAGAAUUACUUUCAAACAGUCGAGAGGACUGGAUGACUGGUCGAGGUUUGCAUUCACCCCUGGCACUUGUCUUCGGUUAGGGAGAAUAGCAUCUCCAAACUGGUUUCUUGUUGUAAGAACAUUCUGUUGGUGAAGUGGGGUUAAAUCUAGUCGUAGAUUUUGCGAGACUUCAGCCCAAUCAGUUGCUGCGUUGUUUACAGUGUGAGUUUGUGGGCGUGGCCGAGCAGCUGAUCCUUCAGUGUCACUAGAGCUAUCACUAUCAGACUCAAAGUUCAUCGCAUUCCGCUCGCCAUCACUGUCAGAACCACCAUCACUAAAUUCUACUUCACUUUCUCUCGCUAAGUUUUUAUCACUGGCAAGAGUUUGGAACAAACCAAGGGCUUGUUGGGCAGUAAAACGUUGUCGCCUUCCCGAACUAGGGCCUGCUUCAUCGCCCCCGUCAGCCAUUUCGCUGGUGAAAUCCACAAAACAAUUGGAACUGACUUGGCACGCUCAAAACAACUCGAAAGCACCGCCAAAAAGCCUUCUUGAAAGGUUUUUAUCAUCAUCCGUAUCCUACUUCAGUUUCGGAAACAUAGAUAAUUCAUUCAGAAAGUUGGUUUGGAAUACUUCGCACUUUUGAUUCACCAAUGCUGAUAGCCGACCAGUCGGCUAGGUGUCGAGAUAAAACAUUUUCAUAGCCGUAUGGUCGGCUUAGCAGAGGGAAUGAGUUAAAGUGACCCAAUGCAUGUUUAUUUUCUCCCAUAUUUAGAGCAAUGCACAGAACUUUCUAAAGUGAUUCUGUUAGACAUUAACUUGUUUCUUGUACCCAUAUGUUUUAACGGUUUUCAACUUUGAAAAGUUAAAUUGAAAGAAUAAGAAAAAAGAAUAGAGUGUUGAAUUUGGUGCUAAUGGCUCAAAGUAGAUUGUUGUUGUUGUUAUCGAUCCAGCAGCAUCUGGGCUCUCGCCCUUCUGUCCAAUGCCAUGUAGUGAUAAGUGCAGGUUUGCUGCAGUUGCUGUAAUGUUCCGUAGAGUGUGUUGUCAAGGUUAGGUCUCGGAGGGAGAAGUGUAGCUCUGAUGUCAUUUAGGGCUGUACAGUGGAAAAGGGGAUGUUCCACCGUCUCAUAUGCAUAGUAGAUAAGUUGUUACAUUUACCGAACAGUGAAAUCAAAGAUUUGUUAACUUCUGUUAGGACUUCAAAGACUUUUAAUACUUGUAUGGUCCUCUCUGUUGACGUCUAACCUUUUUUUAAGUGCUUAUGUUAAUGUGAUUUGUUAUUUGUUUUUAAAGUUGUGAUGGCCACAAGUAAUGUGAAAAAAUAUUGGCGACAAGGCUUUAAGUUAGGUGUUUGCUGGGGUGUGUCGUGGAGUAAGGCAUGAUUACCUAGCUCAAAAUCAGUUCGCUUUACUGGAUGGGGUAUUAUGUAUUAUGUGAUGUUGAUAUAAUGUUUGCAGUUUUUAUUAACAUUGUUCUUGCUGAUGUAAAAACCAAACUUUCCCAAGUGGAUUAAUAAAAGUGAAAUUUAUUCA